AUGGAAGCCCCCGUGGACGUGCCCGUGGGGAACCUCAUCGACUUGGAGGCCGAAGCAGCUGCCAGCCUCCCCUCAGAGCCCUCCCCUCCCCGCCACGACGGGCACGGGGGGCAGGGCGAGGAGGUGGCCGGGGAGGAGAGCGAUGCCACCGAGUCAGCAGAUAGCGAGAACGACACGGGGGACUCCCCCAGCAAUUGGGGCUACCGACGCUCCUCCUCCGACGAGUCCUUCUCCUCCAGCCAGAGCACUGAGUCGGCCCGGGACGAGGCGACGGCCGAGCGCCGGGAGUUCAUGAGGCACUACGUGGAGAAGAUCUUCACUGGGGGAGAGGAUUUAGACCAGGAAGAGAAGGCCAGGUUUGGGGAGCUCUGCAGCAGCGAGAACGGGAAGGGCAGGGAGUGGUUUGCCAGAUAUGUCAGCGCCCAGCGCUGCAACUCCAAGUGUGUCUCAGAGCAGACCUUCUACCGCCUGAUGCAGUCGUUCGCCCUCGUGCUCUUCGAGUGUCACCAGAUGGAUGACUUCAGCCCUGCCAAGAACCUCAUGACCAUGUGUUUCACCUACUACUACAUGGGCAAGCCCCACGCGCUGCCCUUGGAGGCCAAGGAGAAGCCCAUGGGCAGCAUCGACUCCUACCUGAAGUCAGCAAACACCUGGCUGGCAGAGAAGAAGGACAUUGCAGAGAGGCUGCUGAAGAACACAUCGGCCAAGACAGAGAACGUCAAGGGCUUCUUUGGGGGCCUGGAGACCAAACUGAAGGGUCCUACCACCAAAAAGAGCGAUGAAAGCGAGGACAAACCAAAGGAGAAGCUGAAGAAGACAGUUUCCAUGCAGAGCCCAGAGGAGGAGAAGAAAGGAGAGAAGAUCUACCUGUACAUGCACCUCAAGCAGCAGCCCAUCUGGCACAACCUGAGGUUUUGGAACGCCGCCUUCUUCGACGCCGUGCACUGCGAGCGCAGGAAGCGCUCCCCCACCACCAGAGGGAACACUGGGGAGGAAGAGGAGAAGAGGGAGAAGUGGUGCCACAUGACGCAGGAGGAGAGGGACGACAGCCUCCGCUUCAACGAGAACAUCACCUUUGGGCAGCUGGGCACCUUCAUCCACAACAUGCUGGCCUUUGGCCUGAACAAGAAGCUCUGCAGUGACUUCCUGAAGAAGCAGGCGACCAUCGGGAACUUGGAUGAAGAGCAAUACAAGCUGCUCAGCGACCACAUCGAGCAGAUGGCCACCGAGUAG